AUGUUCCUGAUUCCGACAGCCGCAGCCUUAGCUGUGCUCGCACGCCUUGCGCACGGAAGCAUUCUCGAAAUCUCGCCGACUUACCAUAAUGGGAGCGUGGUUGUCGAAAGGCUUUCCGUCGACGGCAAUCUUGAUGGACCCAAGAUCCAAACCUCGGCGAACCGCUCCUCGUUUGACUUUUGCGGCGAGGCGUUGGCCACAAGCAACGCGGUCAUCAACACCUGUUCGGGAGGCAUUGCCGGUAUCUGGGGCGAGACGGGAGCCAGCUUUCGGGGGACAGACCUACAAAAGGCCAAUGUCGAGUAUGACAUACUUCUAGAUAUGGCUAGCAUCGGCAUCAAGGGCAAUGUGGUGCUGAAGUCGCGCGCGCCAGCGCGUUACCCCUGCGACUUCAACGUCCCCGGCGUAAACCAGGAACUUCUCCCCCAUCUCUCCUGGUCGAAUGCCGUCCCUGAUGCCGAGGCAACAGUCAACCUGGACAUCAACGGCACUUCCCUUAGUUUCAGCAACGGAAUCGGCUACCACGACAAGAACUGGGGCGACGCGCCAGUCUACACCAAAGCCAGGUCCUGGGACUGGGGCCACGCGCGGUUCGGCCCCUACUCGGUCGUCUGGUUCGAUAUCCUCGACCGCACCAACACGGAGCGCUUUCAUGCCUUCGUCGCCAAGGAUGGGAACCCUGUUCUCCUGAGUUGUGCCGAUUCGAUCUUGCAGGUGCGCCAGUGGGGAGGGGACGCGGCGUAUCCGCCGGUUUCGGGGCUCGGGCACGUGGACGGGCUGACAGCUCGCUUUACUCUCGAAGACGGGCAAGUGCUGGUGGCUAACGUGACGACCGAUCUGCUGAUUGAAAACUUGGGCGGCGGUAUUUUUACCCGAGCCAUCGGAUCCGUGAAGGGGGGUGUUGUAGGCCAAGAGAUCUUUGAAGGUCGCGCAAUGUACGACGAGAACAUCUUCGGCUAG